AUGGAUUUGCUUGAUAAGAACGACUCAAUCGUCUCUAUCCAGGAAUCCAGAAAUGCAUUCAAUCGUAUGAGGCAAAACAAUAUCAUAGAUGAUGGAGUUCAGUUCCACUACGCCAUCGAUCUGUUGCGCACAACUAAGAAGGAAGCAUUACUUUUGUCUAUUAGACUACUAGAAGAAAUAUUUAACAGGACGAAAGAUGAUGGCCUUCGAAGAGACUGCUUAUAUUAUAUGGCUAUUGCUUACAUCAAACUAUCAGACUACGAGAAUGCAACUCGCUGUUGUGAUAACAUACUAGAAGUACAGCCACUAAAUCACCAAGCCAAGGAGUUGAGGGAUGAAAUUCAAUCACGUGCCAGGAAAGAUGGCCUUACUGGUUUAGCAGUUGUUGGAGGUGCUGUAUUGGGAGCAGCUGCCUUAUUGGGUAUUGGUCUUGGUGUUGGUUUAUCGAAACGUCGGUAA